AUGUGUACAGUGGAAUUGUCCAUAACACCAAAAAGCUGGGUCUCCCAAACGCUCCAAGCUACAUCAACCUGUUCGGUUCCAACAAGUUCUACCUGGAAUAAUACGGGUCGCACAAUUCAAUUUGGAAGCGCAAAUGCUGCUGUCUUUCUCGAUUCUUCCGAUACGGCUUACAUAACCGAUAAUGACGGUAAUCAAAUAUUUAAACUCUUGAAAGGUACAAUCAAUGCUACUAUAAUUGCGAAUGCUACUAAGCCGGCCGACGUUGUUGUUGAUACAAGUGGAAAUGUCUAUAUUGCUCAAGCUAGCAUGCCACAAAUUCUGAAAUUAUGGACCAACGGUACUAUAUCAACAUUUACAAAUGUCAGCUAUGGCUCGUUUGGUUUAGCUAUUGAUUCAAGCAAUAACAUUUAUAUAUCGGAUACAUUUGCUAACAGCGUACUAAAAUUGUCAUCAACAGGAAGUGGCAAUGCAACGGUUGUGGCCGGUGGAAAUGGAUAUGGCAAUGCUAGCANUGUCUAUAUUGCUCAAGCUAGCAUGCCACAAAUUCUGAAAUUAUGGACCAACGGUACUAUAUCAACAUUUACAAAUGUCAGCUAUGGCUCGUUUGGUUUAGCUAUUGAUUCAAGCAAUAACAUUUAUAUAUCGGAUACAUUUGCUAACAGCGUACUAAAAUUGUCAUCAACAGGAAGUGGCAAUGCAACGGUUGUGGCCGGUGGAAAUGGAUAUGGCAAUGCUAGCAAUCAAUUGCAAUUUCCCUGUGGACUUGCUGUUGAUGCGAGUGGAAGUCUCUAUAUAGCAGACUUUGGCAACGGUCGAAUUCAGAAAUGGGUAUCAGGUGCUAUGACGGGCACAAUACUGAUAGUAACACUAGUAUCCAUAUUUGUAACAGUUGAUUGUAACAAUUAUCUUUAUGUCAGUAAUGGUACAAAUAUUCUCCGAUUUCCACCUAAUUCUACGAUUGGAACAACUGUAAUUUCGGAACUAAAUGGAGCAUCAUCAAUGAAGCUUGACUCGGAAGUAAACAUGUAUGUUGUGGACACCUACCUGUCAAUAUUCAGCGUUCUUUAA